CUGAACUUGCUCCAGAUUCACACUAUAAAUGUGUCCCAAACCGUAACGAUAGCAUUCUGCAAGCAGGAUUCACACAACCACUAACAACAUGUACAAGAUUGCCAUCCUCUUCGCCCUGGUCGCUUGCGCCUCCGCAGGCCUCAUCGGCUACUCCAGCCCCGCCAUCGGCUACGCCAGCCCCGCCAUCAGCUACGCCGCUCCAAUUGCUACAGUCGCCCAUGCUCCAGUAGCUGUCGCCCAUGCUCCAGUAGCUGUCGCCCACGCUCCAGUCUCCUAUGGCCUUGGCUAUGGUUACGGUCUCGGCUAUGGUUAUGGACUUGGCUACUCCACCCUUCUCCAUUAAGUCACUUCAGUUUUUGUAUGUGUAUUUUAUUUAACAUAUUAGGGGAAAUAUAAUAAUCUAUUUUCAC